AUGAGCGGCAAUCUCUCUUCACCGGGCGGUAUUUCCGACCCCGCCCUCAUUACUCUCGUCAACAAGCUGCAAGAUGUAUUUGCCACGGUCGGCGUCAACAACCCCAUCGAUCUUCCUCAAAUUGCUGUUGUCGGUAGUCAGUCUAGCGGAAAGUCCUCCGUACUGGAAAACAUUGUCGGCCGUGACUUCCUUCCCCGUGGUUCCGGUAUCGUUACCCGUCGACCACUCGUGCUCCAGCUCAUCAACCGACCCGCCCAGACUAACGGCGUCAAGGACGGUGAAUUUGAGGGCGGCAACGAUAAGGCUGCUAAUGCAGAUGAAUGGGGCGAGUUCCUCCACGUCCCCGGCCAAAAGUUCUAUGACUUUUCCAAGAUUCGCGAGGAGAUUGCCAACGAAACCGAGGCCAAGGUCGGCAAGAAUGGUGGCAUCUCUCCUGUCCCCAUCAACCUCCGCAUUUACUCCCCCAAUGUUCUGACCCUGACCCUCGUCGAUUUACCCGGUCUCACCAAGGUCCCCGUCGGUGACCAGCCUAGAGAUAUCGAGAGACAGAUUCGCGAAAUGGUGCUCAAGUACAUUGGCAAGUCCAAUGCCAUUGUUCUCGCCGUCACCCCUGCCAACAUGGACUUGGCCAACUCGGAUGGUCUCAAGCUCGCCCGCGAAGUCGACCCCGAAGGCCAGCGUACCAUUGGUGUCCUCACAAAGGUCGAUCUCAUGGACGAUGGUACCGAUGUCAUUGACAUUCUCUCCAACCGCGUUAUCCCUCUGCGUCUCGGAUACGUCCCCGUCGUCAACCGUGGACAGCGCGACAUCGACAACAAGAAGGCCAUCAACGCCGCACUCGAGGCUGAGAAGAACUUCUUCGACAAUCACAAGGCUUAUCGCAACAAGAGCUCCUACUGUGGUACUCCCUACCUUGCCCGCAAGCUUAAUCUGAUCCUCAUGAUGCACAUCAAGCAGACACUGCCCGACAUCAAGGCCAGAAUUGCCAGCUCCUUGCAAAAAUAUACGGCCGAACUCGACAGCCUAGGCCCGUCUAUGCUGGGCAACAGUGCCAAUAUUAUCCUCAACAUCAUUACUGAAUUCACCAACGAGUGGCGAACCGUCCUCGAUGGUAACAAUAAUGAGCUCUCCAGCACUGAGUUGUCAGGUGGCGCCCGUAUCAGCUUCGUCUUUCAUGAGCUCUACUCCAACGGUGUCAAGGCUAUUGACCCCUUUGACGUUGUCAAAGACGUUGAUAUCCGAACCAUUCUCUACAACUCGUCUGGCUCUUCUCCCGCUUUGUUUGUUGGCACUACUGCCUUUGAGCUCAUCGUAAAGCAGCAAAUCAAGCGUCUGGAGGACCCUAGCUUGAAGUGCAUCUCGCUUGUCUACGAUGAGCUUGUCCGCAUUCUCUCUCAGCUGCUCGGCAAGACCCUGUACCGCCGCUAUCCUUCUCUCAAGGAAAAGAUGCACGGCGUCGUCAUUGCCUUUUUUAAGAAGGCUAUGGAGCCUACCAACAAGCUCGUUCGCGACCUCGUCAACAUGGAAGCGUGCUACAUCAACACCGGCCACCCCGACUUCUUGAACGGUCACCGCGCCAUGGCUGUUGUCAACGAACGUCAUAACCCGGCCAAGCCGGUGCAGGUGGACCCGAAGACCGGCAAGCCUCUACCUGCGGCCGCCGCUCCCGCCCGCACAACCAGCCCUCCUAUCCCCGACGCUGAGAACGGUGGGUUCUUUGGCAGUUUCUUUGCCGCCAAGAACAAGAAGAAGGCUGCUGCCAUGGAGGCGCCACCACCGACGCUCAAGGCCUCCGGCACAUUGUCUGAGCGUGAAAACAUUGAAGUCGAGGUCAUCAAACUGCUCAUCUCUUCAUACUACAACAUUGUCAAGCGUACAAUGAUUGACAUGGUGCCCAAGGCCAUCAUGCUUACCCUUGUCCAAUUCACCAAGGAUGAGAUGCAAAAGGAGCUCCUAGAGAACAUGUAUCGCACCGAUGCGUUGGAAGAGCUGCUCAAGGAAAGCGAUUUCACCAUUCGCCGACGAAAGGAGUGCCAGCAAAUGGUGGAGUCGCUGUCGCGGGCCAGCGAGAUUGUCAGCCAGGUACAGUAA